AUGAUUGGACGCCUGCAGAGCGCCUGCACAAGUGGGUCCAACACUCGACCCCAAGAUGACGAUGCGGAUAGCAACGUACCCUCGGAGUGCGGCACAUUCUCAUCGACCAAUGCAUCGACACCUCAUACGUCAAACACCUCGUCAACAGAACAGGGCACUUUCGAUGGUUUGACACACUACAUCGCAUUAGGCUGUCUUCAUCUAGAACAUGAUGUCUCUGCACCUUCUGACUCAACUUCCAACCCCGAUUUUCCUUGGGACGAACUCUUCCAUUCGCAGUUGCUAGAAGAAGUCAAGCUGAUCAUUGGUGUGCAAACGUCUCAACUGCUAGAUGCGCGAUGGAUCCGGCUUUUCCUGUAUCGCUCUGCACCCAACAGACUGCGCAGUGUUGCUCGGGUCUAUCUGCUGCCUGAAGAUUGGAGUCGCCGUUCGAUAAGCCGCAGCAGUGGCACCUUGAGAAAAGCGCUUCGCCAGUUGCUUGACCGGAUCGAUGUGUCGCCCAAUGCAUGGGCUGGCGAUGUUGCGGAUGCCCAGGUACAAGCAUUCGACCCCUGGGCCGGUCGAUUGGACACUUCACUAUACUACCUGUUCAACAAACUUCCUUCGCCAGCGCCAAACCCAGCCAACAUCAGAGAUCGCUAUACUAGGCGAGCAGCCUUUGAUCUUUUGGGGUCAGCGCAAGCUUCGGAGUGGGAAGAUGACGGGCAGCAGCCACUCAAGGGGUUGAGGACGAGGCUUUAUCCCUACCAAGCAAGGUCGGCAAGCCUCAUGAUUGAGCGCGAGGCGGCACCUCAACUCCAACUUGACCCGCGAUUGGAGACACGCACGUCACCGAAUGGCGAAAAGUUCCUGUACUGUGCGCGGGAUGGCUCCUUUCUGCAAGAGCCGAGAUUCUACGAGGCCAAUCGUGGUGGAAUAUUAGCGGAGAGCAUGGGUCUAGGCAAGACGAUCGUUUGCCUCGCAGUCAUACUUGCCAGCCAGGGCCACCAGCCCCGAAUACCCGAGCUCUACCGACGCCCCUUGCCCAUUCGUUCUCGUGUGGGCUCGUUGAAGGACAUGGCAGCUAGUGUCCCUGCGCGAUACGCCAUUCCUGCCAAAGUAUGUCUGGAAGAGACGGCAGAGGUCGCUGAUGUGAACCUCCCUCGACUGAAGGCUGUGCUCGAUGAGAACGUGCCAUUCUAUGAGAUACCAUCCGAAGUGCCUCGUAUGAACCGCACGACUCGGAUACCACCAGCUCGGCAGUAUGUCAUGUGCUCUGGCACCAUACUCGUGGUGCCCAAGAACUUGCUCCACCAGUGGCAGUCCGAGAUCAGGAAGCAUCUCCUGCCACAGGCGCUGAAGAUUCUCGUCGUUGACACAGUGUCUAAACGCGGUAGAGCAAAGACAACACCAGCCGAGCACACGGAUUUAGAUUUCACGAGUGAGCUACCAGCACCCACAGAGCUUAUGAGAUACGAUGUGGUGCUCUUCACGCGCAAUCGGUUCGAGCAAGAGAUUCAAGACGGCGCAGACAGACAAGGUCGACGUAAUGUAGCCGGCGUAUCGCGUACCUGUAUUUGCUCGUAUAUUGGCGCGACUCGCAUCCCAGACUGCAACUGUUUUGGAAGCGGCAUUGUGUAUGAAUCGCCUCUCUUGAAGCUUCAUUGGUUGCGCAUCAUCAUCGACGAAGGGCACAAUUUCUCGUCGGCAAGCUCGAACGCGGUCCUGGUUGCAAAGCGAAUCCAAGCUGAAAGACGAUGGGUCGUUUCGGGCACGCCUGCAAAGGACCUUGUGGGCGUGGAAGUGGACAUGUCGACGCUGGAGACCGAAAAUGGAGACCCAUCUUUGCUCCGUGAGUCAGUGAUUGAGCAGCGCAAGAUCUUCAAUCUCGCAGACGAGUCGAAGGCCGUGAAAGCACUGGGCUCGCUCGCAUCUCACUACCUGAUGGUCCAACCUUGGUGUGCCUCGAGCGUCGAAGGCGGUCUUGAUUGGGACGAAUAUGUCUAUCGACACGAGCAUUCAUAUCGGAAGACUUACUCGGGUUUCUCGACCUGCUUCGAACGGACCCUGCAAGGACUGGUGGUAAAGACAAGGCCGGAAGAUGUCGAAAAGGAUAUCGUGCUACCACCUCUGAAGCACAACGUUGUCUAUCUCCAGCCUUGCUGGUAUGACAAGAUGACAGCGAACCUGUUCAUCCAGGUUCUUCGCGCUAACGCAAUCACAUCUGAACGGUCUGACGUCGAUUACCUUUUCCACCCGAACAAUGUCAAGGCAAAACAUAGUCUGAUUCGCAACUUGCGCCAAUCGAACUUUACAUGGACAGGUUUCAGCGUCGAGAAUGUGGUAAGUACCCUCGAAACAAGCGCCAAGUACCUCUCAAGGGAUGAUAAGAAAUGUACUGUCGAAGAUUCACAAUCUCUGCUCGAAAGCAGUCAAGCGGUAGCAGAGCUACCAGCAACUGUUGACUGGGUGGCUUUGAGCACUGCACAUGAGGUUGGCGUUGCGGUCGAAGCCUGGCCAGCAGCAUCUGAGGCAAGUUUUGCUUUUUCUUACCCCGACAAACCGACAUUGAUCGGCAUGACUCAGCUGCUUGAAGGACAGCUGCAUGUUGACAGUCACAUCAAGUCCGACGUUACUUCUAGCAGUCUAGAGUCUGUCGGUAAAGCUUGCAAAGCCAAGAUUGCUGCCAUGGCCGAAGCGGAGCUCAAAAAGCCUGGCAUACCCCAAGGGCUCACUGAAAAUUCUCAGCCCUUGAACAGUCGACGAGCGUCUAUACUUGCUAGCAAGACAUCGCCCAAUAAGCAGGGUAAGACCGAGCCUACAGGUACUCCAGAACCAACUACACCAUUGCCGGCUCGACCGAGAAAGCGGAAACUUACUCACGACGACGAAACCGCGAUCCUUCCUGACAAUUCUCCAUUGCUCGACACUCGCAUCAUUGCCACCACUUCGGCCAAACUCACAUACGUCGUUGAUAGAGUGGUUGAGCACCAGGACACCAAAAAGAUCAUCAUCUUUUACGACGGAGACAACGCCGCGUUCUACAUUGCACAAAGCCUUGAAGCCCUCUACGUCAAUCACCGAAUCUAUGCACGACAGAUCGACAAUGAGAAGCGCUCAGAAUAUGUCAAGCUUUUCAACGAGGAUGACUCGGUCAGGGUGCUGCUCAUCGAUGUCGCUUGCGGCGCGCUUGGUCUCAAUCUGAAUGCAGCCAGUAUCAUCCUCAUCGUCAACCCGAUCAACCGCCCGGGCCUGGAAGCCCAAGCUAUCAAACGUGCCCACCGAAUUGGCCAGACGAAGGAAGUCCUGGUCGAGACACUGGUACUCAAAGACACUAUUGAGCAUGCCAUCUUCGAACGAGCAAAGAAGAUGAGUCGCGCCCAACACUCCGAGGCCAAGGAGCUGGAGGACGAUGCUGGUAUCACUGAAAUCAUUCAGAACGCGCAGGUUUUGCCCGUGUCAAGUCACGAACAGGGCCUGGCGAAAUUCGCAUUGUUGAAGCUUCCACAGCAACUCUUCGGUCGACCCAAUCGAGACAAGUAUCACCGUAUUCAGGUGAAGGAUACGCCAGAGAAGGCUAGAAAGAGGCCGAAAGUCACUGUGAAAGGCUUGAACAGCACAACGCCCUCGAAGGGGAGUAAGGCGAGUACGCCGAUCGUAAUUGAUGAUGUUCCAGGAACAGGCUCGUGA